CGUUAUUAUUUAUGCUGGAGAAGAACAAAAUAUUAAAGAAAUUCAUGCUCAUUCAAAUGUUUUGUGUGCUAGGUCUCAAUAUUUUCGUACUGCAUUUUCUAAUGAAUGGACCGAGAAAAGAGAUGAAAAAUUUAUUUUUAGAAAACCAAAUAUUUCACCUCAAUUAUUUAAUAUCAUUCUUAGGUUCAUUUAUUGUGGAAAUAUUGAAUUGAAGAAUUUACAAGGUUCUGAAGUAUUAAAGUUAUUGAUAGCUGUGAAUGAACUAAAUAUCAAUUCAUUAGUUUCUCACAUUCAAAAAUUUUUGAUUAAACAUCAAACCGAAUUUUUACAACAAAAUCCAACCGGAAUUCUUGAAAUUGUUUAUCAAUAUGAAACAUUU